AUGGUUUGCGGUGAGACUGAAAAUAACCCCCAAGAAAAUAACCCCCAAGCAAAACCUUCAAGCAAUGCCAACAAGAUGGUGAGACACUCAAAAGCGCUUAAGGAAAGCAGACGGUCGGCUGGCAUCACCAACCGGCUCCCCAGAGGCCUUGGGCUAGACCCCGAGCGCACGUGGACCUCGGCCCGCACCCUGCCCACUGCGGACACCGUCCACCACGACCGACCCACGCCGGCCACCCCCACGCCGUCCGAGCAGGGCCUCGCCGGGUCCCGGGGACACCAGGAAUCCACGGCAGGACGGCGGCGCGGCCUCCCGAGACAAAGCUGCGUGCCCAGUCCACGGAGCCCGCCGCCCCCGCGCCCGCCGGCCGAGACGGCCCGCCGCACCCCGAGCGCCCGGCCAACCGCCGCCGCAGGAGCGCGCAGGGCGCCCAACUGCCGUCCCGGCCCAACCAACGCGGGCAGGGGAGGAGAGGUGCGCGCGGCCGGCAGAGCGUGCGAGCCGCUCGGGGGUCGCAGGGGGGAGGCCGCGCGCGGGGAAGGCAGGGCAAAGAGGCGCCGGAGCCAUGGCCGAUCGCAGCGCCAGGAGGGCUCCGAGAGCGGAUCUCGCCCCUUUCCCCUUGGAAGGUGCAGAUGGUUUGACCCCCCACCCCGAGUGAGGUGCCUCGUCCCAGCCCCGGCUGGACUGUACCAUCGGGCGGUGCCGCCGGGAUUUCUCCCCCCCACCACCACCAUCAAGUCCCCCCCCACCCGGGUCCGCGGUCGGUUGGCCCCGACCGGGCUCUGA